ACCAGUUAACAUUUUUUGCACCGCAUUCAGCAAAGUUUUCUCAGUGAUGGAUCGUAUCACGGCUAAGAUUCAGAGCCCGUCCUGGCCGUUCGGCGCUGUCCCUGCAUUCUCUCGGCCACCAGCUCCCCGUGGAGCUGCAGGGAAAGGUGGUGGAGGCAAAGGCCGGAAACCAGCCGGGCUGACUGCUGAUGAUGCACUUUGCUACCUGACGGAAGUUCAGACUGCGUUCAAGGACAAGAAAGAGAAGUAUCAGAUGUUCAUAGACAUUAUGAAGGAUUUUCAUAACCAAAGAAUUGACAGCAAGGCUGUCCUUACCAAAGUUAAGGCUGUAUUCAAACAUCAUCCUGCCUUAAUCCAUGGCUUCAACGCGUUCUUGCCUAGGGGGUACGAGAUUACCCUGAAAGGUGGUGCACGUGUCCCUCGCAAGGAAAAACUUGAUUUCGAGGAUGCCCUAGCUUUUGUUCAUAAGGUCAAGGCAGGGACUCAAGGACAUGCACGAACUUUAUCCAGAGAUUGCUGCACUUCUGAAAUAUCAUCCAGACUUGUUGCAUCAGUUCACAAGGUUUUUGCCCCAAGGUUUCACGUUCGCCAUGUUGUACGACCUGAUCUCUAAGCUCUGAGCAUAAAACAAUGAAACAAGUUCUGUAUGAAGGGAGAUUCUGUUGUUGGUUUUUUUUUUCUUUUUCUUGGAAAAAAGACUUCUCUUUUGUAUUAAUGUUACUUGGAUUUGAUGUUGUAUUAGUGCUCCCUGGAAUUUGAUGUAUUAAUAUUUCGUGGAUUUGAUGUAGUUAAGGAUUCUGAUUUGAAGUUCUUGGAGAAACCAUAUAUAUGUCUUGCUCUU